CCAGUUUGCUACAGUAGCCAUGGUUGCUAGUCUCGCCUUAAGUAUUCAACAUAGGAUGUUGGACUUUCCGCCUUGACGCAAAUGGAACUACCCUCCGUACAGUCGCUCAUUCCGUUGACAACCCCAAUCAACCAGAUCUUUUUGCUCGCGAUGAUGACACUACUGCUGCUUCAGCAGCGACAGCCAUGCGACGCACAGAACGCUCUGUACCCGAAUUGGCAAAAGGUACUUCCACAAGUGGCGUUUAUUGCUGGGGUUAUGGCCUCGGCCACGCAGGAGUCGAUAUCUCAACCCAGAAUCUCCAAAACUAGGCAGGAUUAGGCAAAAGUGAGUGUUCAAGGCCAUAUCAGACAGCAAAAUUCGGCACCGUCAUCAAUAGCACGCUUGUAUACACUUGUAUUGAUAAAAUUGGUGAUGUGAGAGGUUCCGUACGAAUGUUAGG